AUGGAAAGUCCCUUUGUGCGGCAGCGGGAGCUGGUCAGCGAUAGAAGGCGGCUCGGAGAGCCCGCGAUUUUCGCUGGCGAUGGAAAGGCUUGGGGUUUUCACGCUGUGCUGCAGGGAGGGAGGACGACCAAGAGGUGUUCGAAGGAGAAACACAACUCGUCCGGGACGCACGCAGUGUCAGGGACUGCCUCGCUGCAGUCGCGCCGAGAGGAUGCUCAGACCAGAUCACGACGGUUGCGUAUUCGGCUAUUCGGCACAGGAGCGAGGAGUCUGCGCCAGCACUCCUUAGUCGUCGCGGGCGUAACCGAGGGCGGCGUCACACUUCUCACCUCCGACUAUCAGGCUCUUCACGUCCCGGCUGCGCUUCUGCCAGACGGCCUGGAAGUCGGAAGCACUCUUCAAGCGGUUUUCGCCGUCGACUGCGCCGCGGAGGCCUCUCGGGUUCAACAGAUUCUCCAGCUGGUUGACGAGGUGUCUCUGGAGCUCGCCCGCGAAAGCAGCUCGCGCGCGGCGCUCUCCUCUCAGCCGCCGAGCGCCUCCAAGGCCUCGCACCGUCCCUUCUGCAGCCCCCUGGCUGCCCUACGGGCGCAGGUCGCCGCGCCUCUCUCGCCUGCCCGGAGCGUCUUCGCCUCGAGUCGCGUGGCGUCUUCCGCAAGCAGUUCGGUUCACAGCUCGGCGUCCUCCGUCGACAGGGCGCUCUCCAAGUCCCUCGGCGCAGGCUCCGCGCAGCCGUCAGCAGCGGAAGCAGUGGCGCCGCGAUAA